AUGUGGAAGAUAGCUUUAGGGAACGAAGCAAUUGUUGGGUCUUUGACUCCAUCGAACAAGAAAUCGUACAAACUGACCAACAGGAUUCAAGAAGGGAAGAAACCUUUGUACUCUGUUGCUUUCAACUUCAUCGAUCCUCGUUUCUUCAAUUGUUUCGUCUCCGCUGGUGGAAAUGGGAUUAACCUGUACAACUGUCUUGAAGAUGGUGGAAUAUCUUUAUUGCACUCCUACGCUGAUGAAGAUAAGGAUGAGUCAUUUUACACUGUAAGCUGGGCGUGUGGCGUUGAAAGGAACCCAUUUGUUGCGGCUGGGGGAGUGAAAGGCAUAAUCCGAGUCAUUGACGUCACUGAUAAACUGAUUCAUAAGACCCUUGUGGGCCAUGGGGAUUCAGUGAAUGAAAUCAGGACACAUCCUGCGAAACCCCAACUUGUGCUUUCUGCUAGCAAAGAUGAAUCUGUUCGCUUGUGGAAUGUUGAAACUGGGAUUUGUGUACUGAUAUUUGCUGGAACUGAAGGUCAUAGAUACGAAGUUGUUAGUGUGGACUUUCAUCCCCAUGAUGAGUGCUGUUUUGUUAGUUGUGGUAUGGACACCACUAUUAAGAUAUGGUCAAUGAAAGAAUUUUGGACAUAUGUCGAGAAGUCAUUCACAUGGAAUGAAGCUCCAUCAAAUUUCCCAACAAAAUUUUUACAAUUCCCUGUGCAUACAGCUUCGGUUCAUACAAAUUAUGUUGACUGUAACCGUUGGUUUGGUGAUUUUAUUCUUUCAAAGAGUGUGGAGAAUGAGAUAUUGUUGUGGGAACCACAAAUGAAUGACUCUCCUGGAGAGGGUACUUCAGAUGUUCUACUUAGAUACCCUAUUCCAAAUUGCAAUCUCUGGUUUAUCAAGUUUUCUUGUGACCUCUCUCUCAAUUAUCUUUCAAUAGGGAAUCAGAAAGGCAAGAUUUAUGUUUGGGAUUUACAGAGUUGCCCUCCUGUUUUGGUUACAAUUUUAUCACACAAUGAAUCAAAGUCUGUGAUCAGGCAGACCGCUAUGUCCGUUCAUGGAAACACAAUUCUUGCUGCCUCCGAGGACGGAACAAUAUGGCGUUGGGACUCUGUUACCAAAGUAGCAGAGUCUUUGUAG